CGUACGCCGGACCUCCGGCUGUCCGGAGAAGCGUCGCAGGCGCCUCCAUUGUUGCUGGUGGCGGGCCCUGCGCGGCGCUUUGGCUCCGGCCUCUCGUUCGGAUCAUGCCGGCAGGAAAGUCUUUCCGGCGGCGGAAGGCGGAUUCUGAGGAGGAGGAGGAGGAGCAGCAGGUCGCCGAGGAGGUCCGAUUGAAACUUGAGGAAGCGAAAGAAGUUCAGAGCCUCCGGAGAAGGCCAAAUGGAGUGAGUGCUGCAGCCCUGCUUGUAGGGGAGAAGUUGCAAGAAGAGACAACUUUGACGGAUGACCCCUUUAAGAUAAAGACCGGGGGAAUGGUGGAUAUGAAGAAGCUGAAAGAACGGGGCAAGGACAGAAUCAGUGAAGAAGAAGACCUCAACCUUGGGACUUCCUUCUCGGCAGAGACCAACAGAAGAGAUGAAGAUGCUGACAUGAUGAAGUACAUUGAAACGGAGCUGAAGAAGAGAAAAGGGAUUGUGGAAAACGAGGAGCAGAAAGUGAAGCAGAAGAAUGCAGAGGACUGUCUCUAUGAGCUACCAGAGAGCAUCCGUGUCUCUUCAGCCAAGAAGACGGAAGAGAUGCUGUCCAAUCAGAUGCUGAGCGGCAUUCCGGAAGUGGACCUGGGGAUUGAAGCAAAAAUCAAAAACAUAAUCUCCACCGAGGAGGCAAAAGCACGUCUGUUGGCCGAACAGCAGAAUAAAAAGAAGGACAGCGAAACCUCCUUUGUUCCCACAAACAUGGCUGUGAACUACGUCCAGCACAACAGAUUUUAUCACGAAGAGCUGAAUGCACCUGUGAGAAGGAACAAAGAGGAACCUAAAGCCCGUCCACUGAGAGUGGGGGACACGGAGAAACCCGAACCAGAGCGAUCCCCUCCGAAUCGCAAACGUCCACCAAAUGAAAAAGCAACAGAUGACUAUCAUUAUGAGAAAUUCAAGAAGAUGAACAGGCGUUAUUGAAAGCUCCUUGUUUGGAUGAAACGGACAGAACGGUUUGCCUGAGUGUCUUUUCUUUCAUUGGCCAGAGAAGCACCUGUAAAUAGAUUUACAUGUCCUCUUUUCUUGUAGUUGUUGGUGUUGCCUGAAGUGUCUUCCAUGGACUUAACCUGUACAGUGACUUCUGACUCUCUUUUCUGUGGGUUAAUGUGUAUUGUGACUUAUUUUUAUUGAUAAAACUUUCUAUUUUUGAAAAGGC